UAUUUUGCUGACCACAUGGUACUGCAGAAGGGUCCAGCGUGCGCAGUUUUAUGGGGCUAUGGUCAACCUGCUGCCAAUAUAACUGUGAUGGUUUACCAGGGCAGCAAGAUCGUUAUGAAAAAAAAAGCACAGGCUGAAGUCUUUCGGAUCUGGAAGGCAGUCCUGAACCCCAUGCCCCAGGGUGGUCCUCAUACCAUAGAGGUAUAUCAGUUCUAUGAAGGCAAGGUAUCCAACAUUACGCUGCAAGAUGUGUACUUUGGAGAUGUCUGGCUUUGCAGUGGGCAAAGUAACAUGGAGAUGACAGUCUCUCAGGUCUUCAAUGCCAGCAAGGAGCUUGCGGAGGCUUCGCUCUUUCCAUACGUACGUGUGUUCACAGCUUCUCUUGCUCUGUCUGAAGAGGAACUGCUGGAUCUGCCCAGUAUUGAUUUGCAGUGGUCUGUGCCGACAGCCGAAAACUUGGGCCAUGGGGACUUCGGUUACUUCUCUGCUGUGUGCUGGCUGUUUGGGCGCUAUCUGUAUGAGACGCUCCAGUACCCCAUAGGACUGGUAGAGUCCUCCUGGGGAGGGACGCCAGUUGAAGCCUGGUCCUCCCCGAAGGCACUGCGUAAAUGUGGGCUCUCACAGGACCACAGCAGAGCCCCUGUCUUCUCUCCUAAAUUUGGCCCUAAAGAAUACUCUUUGCUGUGGAAUGCAAUGAUCCAUCCUCUCCUCAACAUGACCCUCCAAGGCGUUAUUUGGUACCAAGGUGAAGCAAACACUUUAAUGAACACUGAUCUGUACAACUGCACAUUCCCGGCUCUCAUUGAAGACUGGCGGAAAACUUUCCACGAAGGGUCAGUUGGGCAAACGGAGCGAUACUUCCCCUUUGGCUUUGUCCAGUUAUCUACAUCUCGCCACGUAAAGGUUGAUGACUACUUUCCGCGUAUCCGAUGGCAUCAAACAGCGGACUAUGGCUAUGUCCCUAAUAAGAAAAUGCCCAAUACUUUUAUGGCUGUCGCCUUAGACCUCUGUGACGGAUCUUCUCCCUAUGGCAGUAUCCACCCCCGUGAUAAACAGAGUGUGGCUUAUAGAUUGCACCUUGGUGCUCUGGCGGUGGCUUAUGGUAAGGGCAACAUAACCUUCCAAGGUCCAUACCCUCAACAAGUGCACAUGGACAUAGCCCUUAAGGUUCUGAAUGUUACCUACAACCAGAAUAUCCAGCUCCACCACCUGGACAGCAAGCUAUUUGAGGUGUGCUGCUCUGACCCAGCUCUGUGCAAGUGGAACCCAAUACCUAUCAAAACCGCCUCCUUCCGCACAGUGACUCUACACAACCUAACUUGCCCUGAAACAGUGACUGGCCUGCGCUAUGCAUGGACGGACUGGCCUUGCAAGUACAAACAGUGUCCCCUUUACAACAUGCAAUCAUUGCCUGCCCCUCCGUUUGUUUCAUUUUCUCACAAGAACCCAAGUUGGGUUGUGUCAUGA